UCCAAAAGAACCCUUGUUUAUCUAUCUCUCUCUCUCUCAAUUUCUUUGGUGGAUUUCUCUUGACGUGGCGGUGUUGUCUUUCUGAACUAUCCUUUCUUCUUCAUCAUCUUGUCGAUCUACACCUAUCUGUAAAAGAAGAAGAAACACCAUGUACGCUUACAUGUUAAUUUUGGUGUAAGAUAACAACAACAGACAACCUCCAGCAUCUGACGAUCCCAACUCUUCCCCCUGCCCCGCCGCCUCCUCGACUCCGCGACCGAGAUUCGCGUGAGCAACGAGACCGCGAUUUCUACGAUCGCAACUGCUCUCCCCCGCCUCCGCCUCCUAGAGAGAGAAAAAGAUGAAGAAGUACGGUUUACAGCUGAGGGUUCCGCUGUUCCAACAGAAAAAGACGGUGACAAGACCACCAUUACCUCCUCCUCGCGGCUUCCAAAAAGACGACGAUGAUGACGUGGAGAGAGAGAUUUCCCGCCAAGCUCACAAGAACAAAGCUCUCAAGGAAGUAGAGGAGCAACAUAAGAAAGCUUUAGAGGAAGAUCCUUCGGUGUUUGAUUACGAUGGAGUUUACGACGAGAUGAAGGAGAAGGUUGUUCGCCCCCGUCUUCAAGAUCGCGAAGAGAGAAAGCCAAAAUAUAUUCAUAACUUAAUGAAAAAAGCGGAGCAACGGAAAUGGGAACAGGAGAUAGUAUACGAGAGGAAGCUUGUGAAAGAGAGAAGUAAAGAGGAUCACCUUUACUCAGACAAAGAUAAGUUUGUGACUAGUGCCUACAAGAAAAAGCUUGCUGAGCAGGCAAAAUGGAUGGAGGAAGAACGCCUACGACAACUUCGAGAGGAGAAAGAGGAUGUUACCAAGAAGAGUGACUUGAGUGAUUUUUACUUCAACCUUGGUAAAAAUGUUGCGUUUGGGGCAAAUGAAUCAAAAUCAAGAAAACUUGAAUUAGGGAAACUUGAGAAGGAGAGCGAGAAAGAUGCAUCCAAUAGAGAUCAGCCGUUGCCUGAACCAACUGCUCCCGAGUCUUCUGCUAUGACUGACCAGACUCGAGAUGAAACAGGUUCUAGAGAAAUAUUUGAGUCUCGAGAUUCGAAGCCAAUAACCAAAGAUAUACUUCCAGACAGUACAAUACAGGAGAACACUUCAGAGAAACAACCGUCUGUUGAUGGACCAAAAAGCAACCAUCAUAAAAGAGGUGAAGAUGCAGUUGCAGCAGCUAGAGAACGUUUUCUGGCACGCAAGAGGGCAAGGGAGCAAUGAUAUGCUUCCUCUCUCCGACAACGGAUUUAUGAUGUGUUAUAAUUAUUUACGAUGUUGCAAAUUCUAGACUCAAGUUUUUGGGAAAUUACUUUGCUGUCAGAACCCAGGUUGAUCAUGAAUUCACCAUGCCAAGAGAAGCCACUGUUAUGAUAUCAAUCAUGUAUUCGGAAGUUGGCAUCUGAUAUCAAUGUCCAAAUAUAUGUUUGAAAACGGUUAACAUAAAUUUUAAGUGAAAAUGUAGAUGUUAGAUAUA